GGUAUGUGGAAUGGAUUCCCCCCAGGCCCAUGAGUGUCGGUACCAUUUUGUAUCAGGAAUGUCCAGUAUAUGCAGUCGACCCCUUUUGAGAAAAUGCAACUCCCGGCAAUUAAGGGGUAUUGGGAGUUGUAGAGCAGCUCAGUGGGUCUAGUAAUUAGGAAUAUGUCCCCCAGUAGUGGUACAGGCAGCCCUUGUGCUUUCCCGGGCAUUUUGUGACUGCGCGGUGAUGAGGCUUAUUAGAAGCCUGGAGUGGACUCGAGUAGCAGCGGACUGGAGCCUAUAUCAGAAGCUGCUCUUUAUUUGACACCGGAGCCCGUUAUUUUUACGCAGCCCUAGCGGAACGGAGACAUGUGGAGAUGAUGUGAGGCGGCCAUUGUGCCUCAGCUGCUCCAUCCCUGAUUCUCCAGUGUCUCGCUCCCACCUGCAGGUGAAGGAGGGGCAGCGCGCACCGUGCUCCAGUGCCAGGCAAUGAGACGAGAGAUGGGCGCUGUGUCCCCGCUGCCUGGCAUGAGCGCGUUCAGGGCACGUUGCUGCACACUGAGGGGCACACAAAGAAGCCUGUGCUUCCCCCGCUGAAGGGGCAGGUGGUUCCCGUGAGAUGGGCGCACACAGCACCGGGGGCUUCGGAGCGGCGAGUCCUGGGCCGACACCGGGAAGCCAAGGCUAAAGCUGCGCCAGUCAGCAUGGAGCACAAUGGCAGCUGGGUGUUCGCCAACAGGAGCGAGUUGGGCUCCUUCCAGCAGGCGGUGAGCAGAGCCCUGGCCGUCAGGAACGUGUCGUACUCUCAGCUCCUGUGGAGCAACCGGAGCAGCAGCAGCAGCAGCAGCGAGGGACUCAGCUACCGACACUUCACUACCAGCGCCCAGGUGCUCAUAUUCGUGGGCUCUCUGCUGGGGAACUUCAUGGUCCUGUGGUCAACCUGCAAAACGUCUGUCAUGAAGUCUGUUACCAACAGAUUAAUGAAAAAUCUUGCCUGUUCCGGGAUCUGUGCCAGCCUAGUGUGUGUGCCUUUUGACAUUGUGCUCAGUGCCAGCCCACACUGCUGUUGGUGGAUUUAUACCCUGCUCUUCUGUAAGAUCAUCAAGUUCUUGCACAAAGUCUUCUGCUCAGUGACUAUUCUCAGCUUUGCUGCUAUUGCUUUGGAUAGGUAUUACUCCGUGUUGUAUCCAUUAGAAAGGAAGAUAUCUGACUCCAAAGCCAGAGACCUGCUGAUCUAUAUCUGGGCACAUGCAGUUGUUGCCAGUGUUCCUGUAUUCGCAGUGACCAAUGUGACUGAUAUUUAUGCCAUGUCCACCUGCACCCCAACAUGGGGUUACUCUUUGGGCCAUUUGGUGUAUGUCCUUGUUUAUAACAUCACCACUGUUUUCAUACCGGUGCUGGUGGUUUUCCUUUUCAUGCUUCUCAUCCGCAGAGCAUUGAGCGCAAGUCAAAAAAAGAAAGUGAUCAUAGCCGCUCUAAGGACACCCCAAAACACAAUCUCUAUACCAUAUGUUUCCCAAAAGGAGGCUGAACUCCAUGCCAUGCUGCUUUCCAUGGUUCUGAUAUUUAUCAUCUGCAGUGUCCCGUAUGUCACCUUGGUCGUAUAUCGCACCAUGCUUAACUCAAAUAUCUCAGAUUUUCUCAUGCUUACUGCUAUCUGGUUACCCAAAGUCUCAUUGGUCACCAACCCUUUGCUUUUCUUAACUGUCAACAAAUCUGUCCGAAAGUGUGUAGUGGGCACAAUUGUACAGCUGCACCGCAGAUACAGCCGAAGGAAUGUGGUCAACCUCGGAUCAGUUGCAGAAGUCAACUUAGAGCCUAGUGUGCGGUCUGGCAGCCAGCUCUUGGAGAUGUUCCACAUUGGCCAACAACAGAUCUUUAAAUCUGUGGAGGAGGAUGAUGAGAAUGAGAUCAAGUUGGAAGCCUCUAGAAACUAUAAAUUAAAGGAGGCUCUGCCAAGUACCAGCAUUGAAAUGGAACACACCCUUGUGCAGAAAUUCGUUCCCCAAAGCACAGAGUCUGCCUCGCAAGUGGCUCCUGUGAUGCCGGGGGAGACCGAGGUGCUAAAUGACAAGUACUCCAUGCAGUUUGGGUUUGGCCCUUUUGAGUUACCCCCGCAGUGGCUUUCUGAUAAAAGGAACAGCAAGAAACGCCUGCUGCCUCCUUUGGGAAAUACUCCCGAGGAGCUUAUCCAGACUAAGCAGCCCAAAUGCAGACCUGAGCGAAGGAUCAGCAGGAACAAUAAAGUCUGCAUUUUUCCUAAAGUGGAUUCCUAGCGCAGCCUUUAUAAACCACCCUCAUGUUAUAUAAACUGUAUAUCUUGUUUAAUGUGCCAAAAAAAUGUACACAGUAGGACAGAAACGCACAGUCAAAGUGUUCCUUACUAACAUGGGCAGCGUGCACGCGAGGAAUAUACCUCUUGUAUGCUCUCUGUGGAACUACAGUGUAUAAAAUAUCCAUUAUUACCUAUCAGUCUUUUGGUGCUGACAAGUGGCGCCUGUUUCUGAAUAAUGGACAGCUUGCUCUUGCUCAUCCCAAGUUAGAAAACCAUUUGCGUGUGCCCAGUGCAACCAGCCGACCUGUCACUCCGCAAUAGCUCAGGUUUCUUUUAAGCUCAAACACUCUCUAAAUCAUUUUCAUCCGUUGAGAUAUACUUGUACGUCAGUACUUUCCACUGUACUGGUGUAUAUUGGCAGCUCUACUCUUGGCUGGUAUGCACAAGUUUCCAAUACAAACCGUUAGACCUUGCUCCCCCAAAUACACAGAUAUAAACAUUUCAGUUUACCACUGAUCUUGUUGGACAAGACAAUAUAGCCUGUAGAAAGAUGCACCUCUUGAAUUGUCUGCUAAACACUAGUGUUACCCAGCUACUGUGAAUGGGGACUCUCCAAGAGCAAAAGCCUUAGUGCAUAUCUGUUACCUGUCACUAGUGUUACGUAUGCCAUUCAGACACCAGCAAUAUUCCUUUUCCAUGUUGUCUCUAGAACCUUUUGCUAGAUUCCUCUUGCUGUAUGAAGAACAUCUGUGCCAGUUCAUUUUUUACAUACAGGACAAGCAAUGUAACUUUUGUAAUUUUUCACAUUUUUUGUAGGGAGUCGCAGUAUUUCCACAUGGUCUCAUAGGCCUUGGGAAGAGAUAGGCUAUCCUGAUUAGCUGCUUUGUACUCAUUUUUCUACAGCACUGUGAGCUAAAAGGAGAACCUGUAGUGUUUUGUUUUUUUUUGGGUGGGGGUUUGCCCUUUUCAGCAUCUGCAUGAGAUGAAGGAAUAUUUCCUCUUGCAUCAAUGUACAAUGUUUAUCCAGUUAAUACAUCCGAUAAAUAUGAUUUUCACUGUUGCGUCAUAUUAUGCACAUCAAAACAUUUAUUCCAUUCUCUAAUAAAUACUGCUGAAUAUCA